CCCGUCCCCACAGGAGGCCUUUUGGUAGGCCGUCUUUGUAAAUAAGAAUUUGUAAUUUGCCUCAUUAAAUAAAGGUUAAAUAAAAUAUCUACCACAAUAGAGGUGUAACCCCGAUCGUCCAUCGUUGAGUAUUAUCACUGCAGCACCAAAUAUGUUCCAAUCAACACUGAUGACGUCAAAAAGGGUAAAAAAAUCUCACUAAUCAGCAUUUUCAUUAUGACUAAUCGUUUCAUUGUGGUACUUAGGGCGGUUUUUUUUUCUCUUUCUCUCUUUAUAUUCACUUUGCAUAUUUUCCGUUGUUAUUGGAACCUAUUUUAGCAGAAUAGUGAACUGUAUAGGCUACUCAGGGACUGGGUGGUUUUGAGAUUACUGGUACUGAGUUACAUAUGGGCUUUUCUAUGGCGUAUGUAUCAGAGCACCAUCUCAAACUCUUUCCAAAACACUUGGUUAUAUAAAAGACUGACAAGAUUAUUUUUUUGGAGGAACAUUUCUUUCUCGUCGUCAUGAGUCUCAGCCUGUUGACAUUUCUCUGUCUCGGUCUUUACCUCCCAGUGUGGAAUGCGCUGAGGGUCACCCAGCCGUACCGUGUGGUCGGUUUUCGUGGUGAGGUGGAGCUGUUCUGCUCCUACCACCACACAGGGAGACAUGAACCGGAGGAGCUAAGAGUCACUCUGUACCGGGGGGUGUACAGGGAGGGGAAGCAGGAGGUGUGCACCUCCUCCUUCACCCACAACCAGACAUCCUUCCAGGUGGAGGGAGUGGAGGAGGUGCGUUGUCGGGGCCAGUUAGGGCCAGGCAGGGUGAACCUGACUAUUUCUGGUCUCCGGGGUAACGACACUGACCUGUACUACUGUGGUAUAGAGGUGAUGUACCCUCCGCCAUACCUCAGGAGGUUGGGAAAUGGUACUCUUCUCUUCAUACCAGAGGAACCAGGCUGCUCGUUGCCAGAGGCCCAGAGAGCGAGUGACGACGGAGAAACGUCAGUCCGACUAGCUCUAGCAGGACUGGUCGCAGCCAACAUACUGAUGGUCAUCUCUGUUGUCACCUUUCUCCUUUACCAGGUUCUACAGAGGAAAAGAAGGUUCGGAGGAAUAACACCGAUGAUUUCACAGAAUGACGGAAGAUUUGGUUACGGAAACUUCCAAUGAAGAAUUUUCAUCAAUUGCCUGCAUCACCUCCAAUCCCCCAUAUAUAUUUUUUGCAAAUAUAUAUAUAGAUACAUACAUACAUACAUACAUACAUACAUACACACAUACACAUAUAAAUACAUACAACAUGAUCAUUACACAGGUGCACCUUGUGCUGGGAACAAUAAAAGGCCACUAAAAUGUGCAGUUUUGUCACACAACACAAUGCCACAGAAGUCUCAAGUUUUGACGGAUGAGUGUAGGACUGUCCAACAGAGCUGUUGCCAGAGAAUGUAAUGUUAAUUUCUCUACCAUAAGCCGCCUCCAACAUCGUUCUAUAGAAUUUGGCAGUACGUCCAACCGGCCUCACAACCGCAGACCACAUGUAACUAUGCCAGCCCAAGACUUCCUGAUUGGCGAGCCUGGCUCCCCAGUGGGUGGGCCUAUGGGUGGGGGUGGGCCCCCAUCCCACCCUUCCCCAGAACAUGUGUAAAUAUUGGACUAUAAAUUGUGCCUUCCUGUAUUAUACUGAUGCUAAAAUGUUUAUUCUACUAUUCUACUGAGACAUUUACUCUGUGUAGCCUGGUCCCAGACCUGUAGUCUCCUCCUAUAGCCUGGUCCCAGAUCUGUAGUCUCCUCCUAUAGCCUGGUCCCAGACCUGUAGUCUCCUCCUAUAGCCUGGUCCCAGACCUGUAGUC